AUGGACAUCAAACCACCCUCCGGGCUGGAACAGGCUCUGACCGCCAAGCUCGCCAAACGGGAGUUACAAUCUCGACUGCGGCGGUUGACAAUCAACCCUUCUGGCAACAUAGACUUUUCGUCCAAUUCUUACCUGUCCCUCUCAGAUGUCCCAGAACUGCGGAAAUCCUUCCUCGAGCUUGUACAGGCCCAUGCUUCCCAACAAUCAUCUGUGAUCUCGUCUACUUUUCUCGGUUCCGGUGGCUCUCGUCUUCUGGAUGGAAAUUCAACAUUUACCGAGUCAAUUGAGCGUGAUAUUGCUACAUUCCAUGGCGCACCUGCAGGGCUGCUCUUCAACUCCGGCUUUGAUGCUCAGGUCGGGCUUCUGAGCUGCUUGCCACAGCCUGGCGAUAUCUUCAUACAUGAUGAGCUCAUUCAUGCGAGUGCUCAUGACGGGAUGAGGCAGAGUCGUGCUGCUCAACGAUUGCCUUUCAGCCACAAUAUGGUCCACGCAACAUCAGAGUCGCAGGUCAAUCCUGUAUCGCUACCAAGCCUCGAUGAAGUUCUUUACAAAGUUCUUUCCGGCAAUUAUGGCCAGACCAUCAAAGAAGGGAAGGCGUCAGUAUUCGUGGCAGUGGAGAGCGUCUAUAGCAUGGACGGUGACAUCGCACCGCUCUUAGAAAUUGUUAACACGGUGAGGCAACGGUUACCGCAUGGAAAUGGGUACAUCAUUGUGGAUGAAGCGCAUUCUACUGGCCUAUUUGGCCAGAAUGGUCGAGGGUUGGUCUGCGAAUUGGGUUUGGAAAAGGACAUCUUUGCCCGCGUUCACACCUUUGGCAAAGCAAUUGGCGCAUCAGGAGCCAUCGUCCUAUCUUCCCCGGUUGUGCGCGAAUAUCUCGUCAAUUAUGCUCGGACACUUAUCUAUACAACGGCUAUGUCAUUCCCCAACCUCGCCAGCAUCCGGGUAGUAUAUGAUUUCUUGGCCAGUGGUUCAUCCGACGUUCUCCUCCGGCGACUCCGCACACUCGUCCAACGAAUGCACCGUCGGCUCCUGUUCAUUUGCGCCGAGGGCAGAGUUUCGCCGACUCUCCUCCGUGUCAGGACAGAAACACCAGCCACGCCCAUCAUCCCCCUGUUCACCUCCAAGCCUCGCAAAUUGGCCCAGUAUUGUGGCCAAAACGGCAUCACUGUUCGUCCCAUCGUACCUCCAACGGUGCCAAAGGGCACGGAGAGGGUUCGAAUCUGCGUUCAUGCGGGCAAUACAAUCGAAGAGGUGGACAAAUUUGCCCGGGUGGUUAAAGACUGGAUGUCUUCUAUAACGCAACACCAAACAGGAGACAUGGAAAAAGCCAAACUAUAA